AUGUUUGCUGUCCCCAGGACCAGUGCAUCCCAGUGCAGCUCUGUGCCGGAGCCCAGGUUUGGGAAGCGGAUAGGGAACGACUUUGGCAUUGGCACGGUGGUGCUGUUUGAAUGCAAUCCAGGCUACGCUCUGCACGGCGCCACUGCCAUCAGGUGUGAGGCCAUCCCUAACACUGUGGCUCAGUGGAACGGCACUGUGCCCACCUGCAUAGUUCCCUGUGGAGGGCUGCUGACAUCUCGUAAGGGAACCAUCCUUUCUCCUGGUUACCCAGAGCCCUACGCCAACUAUCUCAACUGUAUCUGGAAGGUCUCUGUGCCAGAGGGAACAGGCAUCCAAAUCCAGGUCAUAACCUUUGCCACGGAACACAACUGGGACUCCUUGGACUUUUUCGACGGCGUCGAUGGCAACGCUCCAAGGCUUGGCAGCUACUCAGGUACGACCAUCCCCCAGCUCCUGAACAGCACCUCCAACAACAUCUACCUGACCUUCCAGUCCGACAUCAGUGUGUCUGCAGCAGGCUUCCACCUGGAGUAUACAGCAAUAGGUUUGGAUUCAUGCCCAGAACCUCAGCACCCCCUCAACGGUGUCAAUGUGGGCCAGCGCUUUACUGUGGGGGACAUGGUUUCCUUUCAGUGUGACCAAGGCUACUCUCUGAAG